UUUUCAAACUUCCCUAACGUCCUUAUAAAUCAUAUGCUACUAUUCCUCUUCUUUUUCCCGGAGCUCCCCACGCCGAGCACCCCACAGACUGUAGAAUACGUGCCGGCUAGCAUAAACGGGCCCCACGGAUGUGCGAAUUAUGGGCUUUGUACGGAUGUUACUACUACUUUAGUCAGUUCUACAAAUAUCUCUGUGAUCUACGAAUAUGGUUGUGAUCCGGAUAACUGCUAUUGUCUGGAAGGGACAACGAAUGGCACGGAGCCGUGUGAUACUAUCGAAGAUCAAUGCGGUAACAAUCCUUGCGGAGACCCCAAGUAUUUCCUAUGCACUUCAAAAAUCAAGAGCUACAGCUGUAGCUGUAAGCCUGGGUUUACUGGAAAUGACUGCAAAUCUGAACUUGGCUCUGCUUGUGCUACGUCACCAUGUCGGUCUGGUGCCACGUGUGAAAGUGUGGACAAUUCCACCGCUGGGUACAAGUGUAUUUGCAAGUGGAAUCAGAUGGGCGAAAAUUGUGAAUAUGACAAUUUUUGUGCGAAUCCGCAGUGCCAAAAUAAUGGAAAUUGUUCGAUGGUGGUGGACAAUGCAAAUUGGAUAUGCUCCUGCCCUCCUGGAUGGCAAGGAAGGCGUUGUGAAACCCCGGAUACCGUAACUACCCCACCUGUCUGGGAUGGUUGUUACAAGUACAAUUUCCAAUCUAUUGGCGCAACUACAACUAAAUUCAGUGAUAACCAGCUGACAGUUGAUAAGUGCAACAAGUACGCUCUACAGCAAAGCUCGGACACUGUAACUAUGAAUUACUUAACCCUUUGUGGAGGAUUCUGCAUGGUUUCGGAGGGCCCACUUUGCAAUGACACCUCAAAUUGGGACGAUGACUGCAAGAAAAAAUGCGGAGGAAACAAUAAUGAGUUUUGCGGAGUGUUAAACAAAAGAUGUAUAGUUUAUGAGGCAGGAACUGCUGAAGUUGACGAAAACGCUUGCGACAACUCCACCUUCUGCAGUGCGGACCUGGGUCAGGGCCUGUGCAUCAACUGGCAAAGUGACUUCACAGAUGGCUACGCUUGUAUCUGCAAGCCACUUUGGACCGGAAGAAAUUGUGAGAAUCCGGUGCCAGAAGCAUGCACGCCGAGCCCAUGUCUGAACGGGACAUGUGUGCUCAAUGACCAAUACAAUAAGUUCACAUGCGUCUGUGAUGAUGGAUUUUUUGGCGAUAAGUGUCAAUACUCCGAUAUUUGCACCUCUGCCACGUGUCUUUACGGUGGUACCUGUACUGAACUAAACAACGGCGACUACAAAUGUGACUGCCUGUUGCAGUAUUUCGGAAAAAAUUGUGAAGUUAUAAACCGGUGUGACUAUGGUAAGCCGUGUAACAAUGGUAAGUGUGCUUCUACAAUAGAUGGAAUCACUACAAACUACACGUGUACCUGUGAUGAUGGAUGGACCGGCACGAAUUGUGAUACAAUGAUCGACUUCUGCAUCCCAAACCCCUGCUCCUACAACAGCACCUGCAAACCAAAGUUCAAGGGCUACGACUGCACCUGUAUCACAGGCCUAACCGGCGUCAAUUGCUCUACAAUAAUUGAUCUAUGUGUCCCGUAUAAGGAUUCAACGGGGAAAUGGAUCAAAACGCCGUGUAACUCGAAGGAUGACAUGGCAAAUUGCACAAAGGGAAUUAAUACUUUAACGUGUAGCUGUGGGGACAAGUGGACGGAUACCUUGUGUGAUUUGAAUAUCUUAAUCAAAGACGUUCUCAUGGCAAUCUACGGAUACGUGGAUCUUACCAUGAUUUCUCUUCUGAACGAUCUCAUGCAGAACCCGUCACAAAUCAAGGAUAUGGUGCCGUUUAUCACAGGAUUGCUUACGGAUAGUGAAAGAUCAGAUCUAAGCUGGGAUGCCGGGGAUUUGUUCAAUUGGAUAGCCUUUGAGGAUCAGAGAUUGGACUUGAAUCGAGACAUUCAUAAAUGGAAUGAUGUUGUACUGGGUAACUGCUUCACUUUUAACCACCGCGACCGUAACUUCACCUACCGAUUGAGGAGCUCCGGUAGGCAUGGAGGAAUCCAAGCAUUCAUGAAAACCCGGCAAGACGAGUAUGCACCAUGGUACGAUACCGCGGCGAUUAACGUUUUCAUUCAUAACCGCGAUGAUUAUGUGUUCUCCGAGUCUGUCAGGUACAAUGCACAGCCAAAUGCCCAGUCGACUAUGAAUAUUUUCAUGACAAGAUACACCAGGCUCGGGGGAAGAUAUGGAAAGUGUGUGAAGAAACCGUCGGAGGUCAAGAACUACUACUAUCCGGGAGCUUAUACCACUGAUGGCUGCCUCCGAACAUGCUACCAAGACCGUAUGAAGCAAGAGUGCAACUGCAUGGACCCCAGGUACCCCCAGGCGCCUGGUAACGUGACGUCAUGUCAGUUAUCCGAGCGGAGUUGUGUUACUGUAGCGUCAGAAGCCGCCGGGGACCCAUCGAAAUGGUGGGACUGUGUAUGCCCACUGCCAUGCUCGAAUCAAGAGUACUCGGUGACUUGGAGCAAGGCGAAUUUUGUGAACUUGCCAAUAAUUUGCGGGAAGUCAUCUGACGUGUCAACCUGCAAAGCACACUACAUCGAUCAGCUGAUGGUCUCCAUAGUCCUUCCCCAGCUGGAUUUUAAGAUUUAUGCGGAGAAUCCUGCUAUGGAUUUCAACAAGUUUCUGUCCCAGCUUGGAGGUCAGCUGGGUGUACUGAUGGGAAUUAACCUGGUCACUUUUAUAGAAGUCGUGUUUUUGCUCUUUGGACUAUUCACGUUAUGUUGUAAGAAGUAUGGAAAGUGAUUUGGAUUUGAAUUUUGUGUGGAAUAAAUUGUUGAACAUA